AAAAAAAAAAUAAAUAGAGCAACAAACCCAUUAUGCUCACAUGCGGGUUACUUUUGUGAUAAGAAAAGUUCUUAAGGUUGCUCAAGUGCUUAUCAUUAAGCUUAAAUGGUUGUAGUUUCUUCCACUUUGAUCAAGAAUGUGAAAUAUAAAAAUAGAAUAUUCCAACGAUAUUCUUCUUCACCCAUCUCAAUAAUUGAAUAAUUGAAUAUCUGAUAGUUAUGAGCAAUUCACACAUUAUUCGUAAUUGUUUAUAUGACACAAUAUCGCUCAAGUUUGUUUUGACUUAUUGAUAAAAAAAAGCUCACGUUGGAAAGCUCAAAGCUGUUAGCUACACGUGACGUUCGACCGGUUUGUGAGAGUGCCGGAUUGGAUGAAUAUCAGCUGCUUCAGUUCCACUCGAGUCGGUUCACCAUGAAGGUGCGACGCAAUCCGCUGCCCCGGCGCUUGGUCGAUGCAUUGUGCUAUCUUGUGAUCGGCGUAUUUUUGCCAAUUGUUUUCAUAUUCGAAAUUAUUGUUGUGCUGCCAGCGAUUCAUGAGCCGGGUGGCUUUUUACACACCUACACUUUCCUCAUGGCAAUGUUUCUGUUAUUCAACAUCAAGUCCAACAUGAUAGCGUGCAUGAUGAUUGACACAAGCGUCGAUAGUGAACGCAGCAAAGAGCCGCCAGAGGGCGCUGUGGAGCGACACGGUUGGCGGCAUUGCAGCACCUGCGAUCGUUUAGCACCUCCCAGAUCGUGGCACUGCAAAGUGUGCCGCGUUUGCAUACUGAAGCGUGAUCAUCAUUGCCUCUUCACUGCCUGCUGCAUUGGCCAACAUAAUCAUCGGUUCUUUAUGUGCUUCACCUUCUACCUAUUUGUGGGAUCAGUCUAUGCAUUGAGUUAUAACUCAUACUACAUGUGGGUGCUUAAUGGCGCCACCUAUUGCUCAUGGUUAACAGCGAUUAAGCUCAUUUGCCCCAUGUUCAUGCUGGUCAUAGGCAACUUCUGGACGAACCUACAAUUGCUCUUCUAUAGCCUGAACAUUCUAGCUCUGCUUUACUCGAUUGUUAUAUUGAUCUAUCAUGUGCCCAUUGUAAUGCGUGGUGAAGUCUGUGCAGAGAGCGGCAAGGAGCACAAUUAUAAUAAGGGAGUCUAUGAAAAUUUACAAAGUGUUUUUGGCAAGCGAAUGCACUUGGUUUUGAUCUCUCCGUUGGUCAAAAGCGAACUGCCGAGCGAUGGCUACAGCUGGAGCACGGAAACUAAAAAGAACAGCUAGCUGUGGAAAUUGGAAAAUUUCAAUAUAUUUUCUGAUAGACUGAAAAUAAAGUUAAGAUUGUAACACUAAUUUAAGCGAAAUCUUUAACAACUUUGAUGUACCAUCGAAAUUAUAUGUUUUUUGUUUCGUGAAUAAACUCUUUAGAAGAAUGAAAUUACGCCGUACUUUUAUGCCUCAACGUCUAGAAGAACUCUUUUGCUACCUUUUAAUAGGGCUUCUCGUGCCUGUUGUUUUCAUUUACGAUAUUAUUAUUGUACUUCCUGCAAUCCAUGAAUCAGGAAGUUUCGCCUAUUUCUUCACUAUUCUAACGGGUCUCUUUCUGUUAUUUAACAUAGAAGGCAAUCUCUUGGCCUGCAUGCUGGUGGACACCAGUGUAGAUCAACUCGUUAAGCCACCAUCAGAAGAAUGUUCAGAGCAUCUCAAGUGGCGACAUUGCGAUGCUUGCGAUCGCUUGGCACCACCCAGAUCUUGGCAUUGUAAAGCAUGUGGAGUUUGUAUAUUAAAACGCGAUCAUCAUUGCUCAUUCUCGG